AUGAGCAGGAGGCGCGAGACACAAAAGCGGGGCCGGAGGGGAGGUGACGCCCGCUCAGCCCCCGCGCGACGCGGGGCGCGCGGCCAUCCACGCCGCCGGGGCAGCCGCCGCCGCCAAACUUUUGCGAGACUGGCUCUCCGCGGUCCCGCCCCGGCCGCUCCCCGCCCCCUCGCGGCGGCUCCCACUGCGCGACUUUGUUGCCACCAAAAGGAGGGGGUGCGCGCCCAACAAAGGGACCCGGGCUCCAGGCGGCCCCUCAGCGCGCGGCCCAGGGUGGGUGGAUGGGUGGGGGCCGGCCGCCCCGGCGGGUUUGGGGGACAGCGGACCGGUGUCACUGAUGAGGCUCCCGAGCCUCGGCAGCCGCCGCCGCCUCCCACCCAACUUACGUGUCACCCACGGCCCCGCUAUUCUGGCCAACGGGAUUCCGGGAGGAAGUCCCACUCGGGCUCCCCGCUCAUUGGGCCCGUCCGAGCCGCCGCUCCCUCCCUUCGGGGAGGCACUGCCGGGCUUGAUUGGACGUCUGCGUUGUCCGUCCGGCCCCGGGCCGCGCCUUCCCUCCCCCCGCGGGCGCCGGCUGGGGGCUCCGUGGCCGCGCGACCGCCUGGUGCCCGGGGCGCCCACGUGGAGUGCGGGUGGUGGGGAGAGGCGGCGGAGCGAGGGCCGGGGAGGUUGGAGUGCACUGGGGACGUGUCUCGGCUUGCAGCUGGGCGAGAUGCUGCGGACACACGGGAUAGCUACAUCGUGGGCGCAGUCUUCGCAGUAGAACCAGAGAUGCCUUGCCCGCUGAGUCUUGCCCCAUCCAGCGUACUAGGGUGGAUGCGUGUGUGCCCACAGAUGGCAGGACGCGAGUCAGGACUCGAGCAUGCUAGCACGCUAGACUUACCGCUCAACUGCCCGCGUGGAUUGGGGAAAUCAGUUUGCCUUUGGCAGAGAGGAAAGAAAUGAUCUCAUAUUUUUUCCCUGGCUGCAAAGAGAAUAAUUUAAAAAGAAGUCUUACAGGCUGAAAUGAGCAUGCAUUCAUUUUGUCAUACGUAUUGUUUCAUUGGUCGCAAAAGUACGUCAGUUACAUUGCUAAAUUACAUUUUAAAGUCCAGCAAAGAUUCCCUAUGUAAAAACAAGUAAACAAACGUAAUAUCCACAAAUGUCUUCAAAGAAAAUCUGUAGUGCUUUUGUUCUUUCUGUGUACUUGAGGGGGGAAAAUUGAGGUUAUGCAUAAAUCAUCAUUUUAUUUCUGCCCUUGACCUGAAUUCUCAGAAAGUAAAUUUAAUUUCUCAGAUGCCUCA